CGCUCGGCGCACUAGGUCUCCGGUGAAGAGGGGCGAAAUAACUCUCCACGGCCGGCAUUUAAUGCGAGAGGCGCAGAGCUGCACAACAUGCUCAUCCCCGCUCUCAGCGCAAGCAGCACCAGCAGCAGCAGCAACAACAGCAGCAGCACUAGUUCCGCCGCGCUCUCUCCCAUUCCGGGCUCCUGUUUCAUGCUCCCAAGUCCGCUCUGCCUCGCUAAAAUAAGCGCGUGCCGCCAUGCCGAAGGGAGGAAAACAAGGAGAGUGGUAUUUUUAGGGCCAUUCAUCGCGACCACGUGCCCUCAAGGUAAACUGGACGGCCGUUGCGCAAAGGUCGCCCGUCAGUAUGGCCCGCGAGGCCGAGGCGCGCUGGCCGCCGACCGCGCUCCUUCUCCUGGGCUUCCUUGUUGGGCUCGCGGCGUCGGAGCUGGCGGCGGGCGCGACUAACGGGACUUCGCUGGAGAGGCGCUGGGAGAGCCUGUUCUCCCGCUCCGUGUUGGGGAUCUCAGGCGAGAGAGCGGAGCUGAACUGGGAGAGUGACUAUCUGCUGGGCAUCAAAAGAGUGCGGAAGCUGUACUGCAACGUGGGCAUCGGGUUUCACCUCCAGGUCCUGCCGGACGGCCGGAUAAACGGUGCACAUAAUGAGAACCAGUACAGUCUGAUAGAGAUUUCCACAGUGGAGCGAGGGGUGGUUAGUCUGUACGGCGUGAAAAGCGAGCUCUUUGUCGCAAUGAACAGCAGGGGAAGGCUGUACGGAACGCGUACCUUUAAAUCUGAGUGCAAGUUCAAGGAGACAUUGUUGCCAAAUAACUAUAAUGCCUAUGAGUCUUCCGUUUACAAAGGAUUCUACAUUGCUCUCAGCAAACAUGGCAGAGUGAAGAGAGGCAACAAAGCCAGCACCUCCAUGACGGUCACUCACUUCCUCCCCCGAAUAUGAGCAAGACUAGCAGUAGCGCUCUCUCAUUUUGCACAUCUGGAUGUUCUCUCACAUGGGAAAUUUGAAAACAUAAAUGUGUACCCACAGAAACUAAAGAAACUACAAGAAUAUCA